CAUUUUGCUUAUCCCGCGCACCAUCGGCGGCUUCUGAGUUGGGGUUUUCAGACAAGUCAAGUUACAAGUACAGUUCCUGAUUUUCAGGAAACCUGUAUCAGAGAGAAGCUUCCUUUUGGGAAAGAAUCAUGAGUUGCUUUGGUUGUUGUGAAGAUGAUGACAUCCAUAAAGCUCCUGAGAGUGGAAAUCCAUUUGCUGCAAAAAACCCAGCAGGAAAUGAUGGAGGUUAUCGUCACACAGACCCUGCACCAAAGGGAACUCAAGCAGUUAAAGUCCAGCCUAUUGCAGUCCCUCCCAUUCCAUUCGAUGAACUGAAGGAAAUUACAGAUAACUUUGGAACAAUUGCUCUGAUUGGAGAGGGCUCAUAUGGAAGAGUGUAUUAUGGGCUUCUGAAAAAUGGGCAGGCUGCAGCAAUCAAAAAAUUAGAUGCCAGCAAACAACCUGAUGAGGAAUUCUUAGCCCAGGUAUCCAUGGUAUCAAGGCUGAAACAUGACAAUUUUGUUGAAUUGAUUGGUUAUUGUGUUGAUGGAGGUUCUCGUAUUCUCGCCUAUGAGUUUGCAUCUAAUGGAUCUCUUCAUGACAUUCUUCAUGGGAGGAAGGGAGUUAAAGGAGCACAACCUGGGCCCGUUCUGUCAUGGGCACAACGGGUAAAAAUUGCAGUAGGAGCUGCAAGAGGGCUUGACUAUCUGCAUGAGAAGGCAUCACCUCACAUCAUCCAUCGUGACAUUAAGUCCAGCAAUGUGCUGCUCUUUGAUGAUGAUGUUGCUAAAAUUGCUGAUUUUGAUUUGUCAAAUCAAGCUCCAGAUAUGGCAGCACGACUUCAUUCCACCCGUGUUCUUGGAACCUUUGGUUAUCAUGCUCCUGAAUAUGCAAUGACUGGACAGCUGAAUGCAAAAAGUGAUGUAUAUAGCUUUGGUGUUGUGCUGCUUGAGCUUCUGACAGGACGUAAACCUGUUGAUCAUACGUUACCUCGUGGGCAGCAGAGUUUAGUAACAUGGGCUACACCAAAACUUAGUGAAGACAAGGUUAGGCAGUGCGUUGAUACAAGACUAGGACAAGACUACCCUCCCAAGGCAGUUGCCAAGAUGGCUGCUGUUGCUGCCUUGUGCGUGCAAUACGAAGCUGAUUUCCGGCCAAACAUGAGCAUUGUUGUUAAAGCUCUCCAGCCUCUAUUAAAUGCCCGGCCUGGACCUUCCGGCGAAGUACCAAACAUAUGAAUCUCCCCCCAUCACCUCUCUCUCUCUCUGCAAGGGUGUGUGCAUGCACAGAAAAUUCAAAGAGGGUUGUGUCAGAAAUGACUGAUGUUAGAUUAUCAUGCACAAAAAUAUGAGGAUUGUUUGAGAAACGAUUGAUGGUAGAUUGUCUUGGGAAACAAAAAAUGAGGAUUGUUUCAGAAACCUUAGAUUGUAGAUUUUGGCUGCACUAGGUUCCAUAUGAUUUCAUUAUUUAUACUGUAUUUGAUUUGUUCAUAAUGUGUAAGGUUGUUCUUUUGGCUCAUCUGGGCUUUAUCAGUU